AUGGAUACUUAUGUAUUGCUGAACUUCCUUCUAAAUGACCCUGAUGCUGCUGUUCCUUCUCCUUGGCAACGAAUGCUUGAUCUUCCGUCACGGAUCCAGUAUAAACAUGCAUAUGGUUGGGUUUUGUUCACUUUAUUGAUUCCUUAUUCACAUAGUGGUGGAAAACCAUUGCUCUCAGCACUUAGCUCCUUAGUUUUCAUUAUUUUUUGCUUCUGUGUGGUGCGUCCUAUCCUUCCUCCUUUCAUUGAACGCAAAACAGACUCUUAUUCAUGGGACAGGCCACAGUUCAUGGGUGUGUUGAUGGGAACUUUUGUUUGUGCAUUUAUCACAGAUUUUCUUGGCACACACCACAUUGUUGGGGCUUUUAUUUAUGGACUAAUCUUACCUCAUGGGAGGUUUGCUGAGUUGGUGAUGGAAAUGACAGAUGAUUUUGUUACUGGGGUUCUAUGCCCUAUCUACUUUGCUGGUUUUGGCUUAAAAAUCAACUAUUUAAUGAUUGUGACCCAGCCAAAAUGGCAUUUGAUGUUGCUCAUUAUGCUGCUGUUAUCCAUCCCUAAAGUUCUAAGCUCCUUAAUUACAACUUUCUUCUUUGGUAUGUCUGCUCGAGAUGGUAUAGGCAUUGGAUUGCUUCUCAACACUAAGGGCAUCAUGGCAUUGAUCCUGCUAAGCGUUGCCUGGGACAAAAAAAUUUUGAACUUAUAUGAUUUCACAAUCAUGAUGCUUGGUAUUAUAAUAAUGACUGUGCUGGUAUCUCCCUUGAUCAAUGCUACAUACAAGCCAAAAUUUCGAUUUAAGCAAUCACAGCUAAGAACUGUACAGAAGUUAAGGAGUGAUGUAGUGCUUAGAGUUGUUGCUUGUGUCCACAAUGCUUGCCAAGCCACCGCAAUGACACAUGUCCUUGAAACAGUAAAUGCCACAAGAAUCACUGCUCUUCUUGUAGCCCAAAUGGAACAUUCAAAUUCAAAUGCACAUGGUGGAGAACAAAAACUCUCUGAAUCACAAGCAGAGUUUGAGAGCAUAACCAAUACAUUUGACGAAUUUGUAGAAGGGUACAAUGCUGUUAGAUUUGAGACAUCAAGUGUUGUGUCAACUUAUGAAACUAUCCAUGAAGAUAUAUACAACGUAGCAGAAGAGAAAUUAAGGAAGAAGAAUAAUUUUUACCAUUUACGUUCUACUAUCCCCUUGUAUUUCUCCAUAAAAACUCAAAUUUGA